AUGGCUUCCCCGGCGGCGGCGGGGCCCGGCGCCGCGCUGCCCCCGGGCGCGGCGCGCCGCGACUUCUACUGGCUGCGCUCCUUCAUCGCCGGAGGUGUUGCAGGAUGUUGUGCCAAAACAACUACUGCACCACUGGAUCGAGUAAAGAUUUUGCUGCAAGCUCAUAACCACCAUUACAAACAUCUAGGAGUGUUUUCUACAUUGUGUGCUGUCCCCAAAAAGGAAGGUUACCUUGGGCUGUAUAAAGGAAACGGGGCAAUGAUGAUUAGAAUCUUUCCAUAUGGCGCAAUUCAGUUUAUGGCAUUUGACCAAUAUAAAAAGGUAAUAAAGAAGCAACUUGGGAUUUCAGGGCACGUGCAUCGAUUAAUGGCUGGAUCCAUGGCAGGUAUUACAGCAGUGAUUUGUACUUACCCUCUUGAUAUGGUUAGAGUUCGUCUGGCAUUCCAAGUAAAAGGGGAACACAAGUACAUGGGAAUUAUCCAUGCAUUCAAGAUGAUUUACACAAAGGAAGGCGGUUUUAGUGGGUUCUACAGAGGGCUGAUGCCAACUGUUGUAGGAAUGGCACCAUACGCGGGUUUUUCAUUUUUUACCUUUGGUACCUUAAAGAGCAUUGGACUUGCUCAAGCACCUAACUUGCUUGGACGGCCUUCAUUAGAUAAUCCCGAUGUCUUAGUUUUGAAAACACAUGUAAAUCUGCUGUGUGGUGGCAUAGCUGGAGCAAUAGCUCAGACGAUAUCAUAUCCCCUUGAUGUAACACGUAGGCGAAUGCAGUUAGGAGCAGUUCUCCCAGACUCUGAAAAGUGCCUUACAAUGGUGCAGACACUGAAAUAUGUGUAUCAACAGCAUGGAAUACGAAGAGGAUUAUACCGUGGUUUAUCUCUAAAUUACAUUCGUUGCAUUCCUUCCCAGGCUGUGGCUUUUACCACAUAUGAACUUAUGAAACAAUUCUUGCACCUCAACUAACUUUUUUUUUUAGAAGACUUUCCUGUAAAACUAAACUAUCAAUCCUCAAAUUAUAUUGUAAUUACUUGAAGUUUAAAAAAAAAAAAGCUGUUUGUUACUGUGGAACUGCUGUUGUCUGACAUUUUUAUUUGCCAAAACGUGGUUAAUUUCCUGGAGUCAAACCAGGAGACAGAUCAAAAUAAACAUUAGUUAGCUAUAAACAUUUUUUUGCACUUGAUCUUCUAGGCUUCAUUAGAUUAAUGUUAAGAAUUACACAGUUUUAAAAUUACACCCACAUUUUACAUGGGUUUCAAGCUGUAGUUAUUUAGCUUUAUCACCAUUCCAGGAGUUACACACAUGAUUAUAUUGCUUUUUAAGCUAGUAGUUAGACAUCUGUUCUUCUUUAAAAAUUAAAUUGAAUAAACUGAUUUGAACAAAAUGCAAUGAUUUUCAUAUUCAUAUACUUGCCAGCUCUGUAGAAGCUGAACUCAGCAGACCACAACUUAAGCAUCUUUUUGUUCUUUUUUUGUACAAGUUUUCUGUAUGCAAGAACAAUGCAUAUAUCUUCAGAUUGGUACAUAUGAAAGUCUCUUCAACCAUUUCAAUAAAAAAAAUGACAAGAUGUACUUAACGUUAUUAGAAAUCUUGCAAUUUGGAGACCAGUUUCUUGGCAUGCAUUCUAUUCUAAAAAAUGCUGUAUCUACACAAAUAAAACCAGGGGGAACUUUUACAGUGACAAGUGCUAGAAAAGAUCUCCUUAAGGCAGUUAGUAUGGGCCUAAUCUUACAAGGCAUUUCUGUACCUCUUCUGUGGAGCUGAAUGUUCUUGAUUCAGUUUAUUGAAGGCUGAGUAUUUUAUGUACUUUCCAGUACUAGCUCAUGUAAACAGGUUUGUCCCUACCUUAAAACAUGGUGACAAACGAGACUGCAUGCUGCUGCAUUUACUUAUUUAGGCAUAUGGACCAUAUUCAACCUCUCACGCAAGAAAAGAAAAUGAAGAUUGUAUUGGAGUCUGUAGAUGUCUAUAUGUACUGUUUCUAAAGUAUGGUAUGCAAUAGACUAUUACAUGUUUUCCUCCUCCUACAAUUCCUUUUGUAGAGGGAAUUAUUUUCCAGACUUGUUUAUACAUGAUUUGCAUUGGUACUCUUGAUUUUACUCACUUGAUUCAGGAAAACUGUAAAGCAUUUACUUUAAGUGAUGUAAGUUAUUUAUUUAUUGUAAAUAUUUUAGCCGUGUCUUUUAAGAAUUGGUAAUGGUUAUGUUAAGUGGUGGAUGGUAAGAUCGAUUUGCUUAAUUUUGACAAAUUUGACAAACUGGAUUUUGAGUUAUAUAUUCAGUUCCAACUUUUGUGGCUCAAUUUUUUUUUUCCAGUUUCUUAAAAGUAUGUAUUUCUUUGAUAUUUAACAAUGUAGCUAUGGACAGAGAAUGAGAUGUAUUUGAAUUUAUUUUAUUAAAAAUUUUGAACUGUU